AGUCCAGCUCCGGGGUUUCCAACAGAGAGGCGCAGGAGCUGAGGGCUCCCUCACCACGGAGCUCCGCAACAAGUGGACGGAGGAGAAACAGAACUGCGAACGUCUGAAACCGGACAAACACGGCAGGCAGGCAGCAGGCAGCAGGCAGGCAGCCCGGGUGGAUGAGCGCUCAGAGAUGCAAGCCGCGCUGUUAAUGCUCCUCUGCGGCCUGGUUGCCACAGUUGGCCAGGAACCAGACCAAGCCCAUGGCUGUGCCCAUGGCAGCUGUUAUCCAGCAACUGGGGACUUGUUGGUUGGAAGGGAAAAAAACUUGAAGGCCUCAUCCACUUGUGGCAUGAGAAAGAAGGAGCGGUAUUGCAUUGUCAGUCACUUGCAGGAUGAGAAGAAAUGUUUUGAGUGUGAUUCCAGACGACCAUACGACCCUGUCUACAACACUAUUAAUCACCGGAUAGAGAAUGUUAUCACCACCUUCAAACCGCAUCGGAAAAAGUCCUGGUGGCAGUCAGAAAACGGAAAGUCAAAUGUUUUUAUUGAGUUGGAUCUUGAGGCAGAGUUUCAUUUUACUCAUCUGAUUAUGACAUUUAAGACUUUUCGCCCUGCUGCCAUGCUUAUUGAGCGAUCAGCAGAUUUUGGUCGAACCUGGCAGAUCUAUCGCUACUUUGCUCAUGACUGUGCUGUUUCUUUCCCUGGAGUCUCUGCGGGUCCUUUGCAAAACAUCAACGAUGUGAUUUGUGAAUCACGUUACUCUGACCUGGAGCCAUCGACAGAGGGCGAGGUAAUCUACAGAGUCUUGGAUCCAGCUAUCAAGAUUGAGGACCCAUACAGCCCCAACAUUCAGAACCAACUGAAGAUCACUAACUUAAGACUGAACUUCACCAAACUUCACACACUUGGAGACACCCUGGUGGACAACAGAGCUGAAAUUAAAGAGAAAUACUACUACGCCAUAUACGAACUUGUUGUACGUGGAAACUGCUUUUGCUAUGGCCAUGCCUCUGAGUGUGCACCCAUUGAAGGCAUCAGGGAUGACAUAGAAGGAAUGGUUCAUGGCAGAUGUGUGUGUAACCAUAACACAAAAGGUUUGAACUGUGAGCAAUGCGGUGACUUCUACAAUGACCAGCCUUGGAGGCCAGCUGAAGGCCGCAACACACACGCUUGCAAGAAGUGUGAUUGCAGCGACCAUUCAGAUAAGUGUCACUUUGACAUGGCGGUCUAUUUGGCCACGGGAAACAUAAGUGGAGGGGUGUGUGAUGACUGCCAGCACAACACAAUGGGGCGAAAUUGUGAGAUCUGCAAACCGUUCUUCUACAAAGAUCCCACAAGGCACAUAAGAGAUCCCCGUGUUUGCAUAGCUUGUGAUUGUGACCCAGAUGGCUCAGAGAAUGGAGGAUUGUGUGACAGCCACACUGACCUGUCGCUCGGCAUGGUGGGAGGCCAGUGCCGUUGCAAGUCUAACGUAGAAGGGCCACGCUGCGACAAAUGCAAGACCGGCUUCUUUGGUCUAAGCGCCAACAACCCUGUGGGGUGCCAACCUUGUCGAUGCGACUCCAGAGGAACCGUGACGGGCAGCUCCAUGUGUGACCCAUUCAGUGGAGACUGCAUCUGCAAGCGACUUGUCAUUGGACGCUUCUGUGACCAGUGUCUAACUGAACACUGGGGGCUGAGCCACGACCUGAAUGGAUGCAGAGGUUGCGAAUGUGAUAUUGGCGGGGCGCUCGACAACCAAUGCUCCAUGGAUAGUGGUCAGUGCCGCUGCCGCAGUCACAUAACGGGACGCGACUGCACGCAGGUGGAGUCUGGAUAUUUUUUUAUGGCUCUGGAUCACUUCGUUUAUGAGGCUGAAUUUGCUCAAAUGGGGCAGGGUUGCACCUUAGAAACCAGGGAACAUCAGUCCGGUCGCCCCGCUCAGUGGACAGAUAUCGGCUUCGCUCAGGUCCCUCAAGGCGGCACUUUGGAGUUUCUGAUAAAUAACAUACCUUACUCUAUGGAAUAUGAUUUAGUCAUCCGCUAUGAAUCCCAGAUGCCCCGGGACUGGGAGGAGGUGCAGAUAACUGUGAUCCGUCCAGGUUCCAUUCCCACGAGCAGCCCUUGUGGGAACACCAUCCCAGAUGACGACAGACUCACCGUCCCUCUGCCAGCCGGAGCCAGGUUUGUGGUUCUUCCUCAGCCAGUGUGUUUGGAGAGAGGUGUGACAUACUCCCUCCGCUUGGAGUUCACACGUUAUCAAGAUGCUAACAGUAUCCUCAACGGAGCAGACCACGCUGUCAUCCUUAUAGACUCUAUUGUGCUGAUGCCACGUCACUCCUCCAUGGAGAUGUUCAACACUGGAGAUCUUGCCUCAAACGUCAGGAAGCAGACCUUUGAGCGGUACCGGUGCCACGAGGGAGCAAGGAGUGUGAUCCGCCCACAAAUCAGUGAUACCUGUGCUAAACUCAUCAGCAGCAUGUCAGCCGUAAUUAAUGAUGGAGCCCUGGCUUGCAACUGUGACCCUCAGGGGUCUAUCAGCUCCCUUUGUGAUCCCCGUGGGGGCCAGUGUCGCUGCAGGUCCAACAUCAUUGGUCGGCGCUGUGACAAGUGUGCACCAGGAACCUAUGGCUUCGGACCCUCAGGCUGCAUAUCAUGUGAGUGCAGCUUAGAGGGGUCUGUGACUCGACUCUGUGACAAGUACACCGGGCAGUGCCAGUGCCGUCCUGGGGCCUUUGGUCAGAGAUGCGACGGGUGUCAGGCGGGCCAUUGGGGCUUCCCCAGCUGCCGACCCUGCCACUGUAACGGACAUGCCAACCACUGUGACCAGAGAAGCGGAGUCUGCAUCAACUGCAGAGAUAACACUGGAGGGGACAGUUGUGACAGGUGUGCCAAUGGUUAUUAUGGGAACCCAGUUUUGGGUAUAUCAUCUGGUGGUCAGUGUCGCCCGUGCCCAUGCCCAGACGGACCCCACAGUGGACGCCACUUUGCCACAUCUUGUUACCAGGACAACCGCAAUCGACAAAUUAUCUGCAACUGUAACCAAGGUUACACAGGGAUUGUUAAACGCUCCGGGGCGACCGUUUUUAAGCGCGCCCGGUGUGAAGAAUGCGCUCCAGGUUACUAUGGCAACCCCUCUCAGCCGGGAGGACGCUGCCAGCCAUGCCAGUGCAACAAUAACAUAGACAUGUCAGACAUGGACGCAUGUGACAGGCGGACGGGGGAGUGCAGGAAGUGCCUUUACAACACAGAGGGCCCUAACUGUGGCAUCUGCAGGAGCGGAUACUUUGGAGAUGCGUCUCGACGCAACUGCAGGAAGUGCAUAUGCAACUUUUUGGGCACGGAGCGCAGCCAGUGCAUGGAGCGUGAAGACUGCGUUUGCCAACGUGCCACAGGCCAGUGUCAGUGUCUGAGAAAUGUCGUAGGUCUGGCGUGCGACCACUGCGCCCCCAACCACUGGAACCUGGCCAGUGGGAAUGGCUGUGAAGCAUGCAACUGUGAUCCCAACAACUCUGUCACAUCCUCCUGCAAUGAAUUUACAGGGCAGUGUCAGUGCCGAGAAGGGUUUGGAGGAAAGACCUGCACAGAAUGUGAGGAGAACUUCUGGGGAGACCCCCGGACGCUGUGCAGAGCGUGCGACUGUGACUGGCGUGGGAUUGAGACGUCUCAGUGCAACCGCGCAACCGGCCACUGCGUCUGCCGGCAGGGGGUGUCAGGCGUUCGCUGCGACCAGUGUGCCAGAGGUUUUGCCGGCCAGUUUCCGAACUGCCAGCCCUGUCACCAGUGCUUCGGGGACUGGGAUCGGAUAGUGCAGGACCUGGCGGUACGCACCAAGACUCUGGCGGAGCGAGCCAAUGAGAUUCAAAGCACUGGGCUCAUCGGACCUUAUGAGAAAACCUUCAAAGACCUGGAGGCAAAACUGGCUCAAGCUCAGGCCAUCGUCAAUGCAAGAAAUGCCACAACUGCAGCUGUGGCUACUCUGAUGGCUCUUAUUGAGGACCUCAGGGCACAAAUUGGUGAGACAACCGAAGCCCUGAACCAUGUGGAGGGAGAUUUAACAAUCAUCCAGGACCGAAACUCUGACGCAAGCAAGGAGCUGAAUAAUCUGGAGCGGGAGGCUCGAGAACUGAAUCUCACAUCUGAGCAGCUAAAGCAUCAACUGAAUAUGCUGAAAAACUCAAACUUCUUAGGAGCGUAUGACAGCAUCCGGAGUUCCUACAACAUGUCUCGAGAUGCUGAGCGACAGGCCAACCGGUCAACCACCACCAAGCCUAGCACGGUCAGUCAGUCGGCAGACACUCGCCGCCGCACCGAACGCCUCGUUGCUGCGAAGAAGGACGACUUCAACCGGAAGAACGCAGCAAACAAGCGGGCGCUGGGGGAGCUGAAGGCCCGAGCCCAGGGUCUGGACAUGAAAAUGCUCAAUGAGAAGAUCUGUGGUUCUCUAGACGAUGUUCCCUGCACGGAGAACCCCUGUGGAGGAAGUGGCUGCCGUGACGACGAAGGGAACCGCCACUGCGGAGGCCUGAACUGCAACGGAGCAGUGGCUGCAGCUGACAAUGCUUUGGAGCGAGGCAAACAUGCAGAGAAGGAGCUGAACAAAGCCAUGGGGGAGAUGCAGGAACUCUUCACCAAGGUAAAGGAAGCUAAGGCCAAGGCAGAGGAGGCGAAGGGUAAAGCCCAAGCUGCUCUGGAUAAAGCGAAGGCCACAAAGAGCAAAGUGGAGCGCUCCAACAACAACCUCAGAGACCUGAUCAAACAGAUCAGGGACUUCCUCACUCAGGAGGGCGCCGAUCCAGACAGCAUCGAGGCGGUGGCGAACCACGUGCUGCAGCUCUCCAUCCCCGCCUCACCGCUACAGAUCAGGCAACUCGCCGACGAGAUCAAGGACCGCGUCCGCAGCCUGUCCAACGUGGACGCCAUCCUGCAGCAGACACAGGAUGACGUUCAGAAAGCAGAGAAACUGCUGCUGGAUGCCAAGAGGGCAAGGCAUCGUGCUGAGGGGUUGAAAAGCACAGCGGAGACGGUGAAGCAGGCCUUGGUGGGUGCUAUGACAGCCCAGACUUCAGCUGAGAAAGCCAUAGCGAAUGCCAGGGCAGACAUCAGAGACACUGAGAAUCGACUGGCUGAGAUUGAGACAGAAACCUCCAACAGUGAGAAGAACCUGGAUGAUGCAAUGGGUCGCCUUGACACACUGGAACAGGAGAUCAAUGUGCUGAAGACCAAGCGAGCCAACAACAGCAUGGCCGCAGCCCGAGCUGAAGAGACGGCCACCAUGGCUCGGGACAAGGCAAAUGAAGCCAAGCAGAUUCUAGACGGCCAGCUGACAGACAAAUUCAACGAGGUACAACAACGAGUGGACACUAAGGCCAAGGUCGUGCGGGACGCCAAGAAGAAGGCAGAGAGUCUCCGAGAGGAAGCCAAGGAGCUCCUCAACGAUGCUCAGAACAAGCUACAAAAACUAGCAGAGCUGGAGAAAAACUAUGAGGAGAACCAGAGGAAGCUGGAGGGGAAAGUCCGGCAGCUGGACGGGUUGGAGGACAAGAUGAGGAGCAUCCUCAACGACAUAAACAAACAGAUCCAGAUCUACAACACGUGCCAGUAAACAAGCCCCUUCAAAACCGCAAGGAAAGACGUCCACUACUGUUAGUUUACGAUUUACGUUAGAUAUAUAGAGACAUGGUGAUAGGCUUUCAGGGGAAAAUAAAUCACUCUACUAGCCAGUGUCCAUGUGGUGAACCCAGUUAGUGUUUUCCAUUGAAAUGGAAAUGGAUAAUUCUUACAUUUAAAAAAAACAUAAUAAUGGCUACGUAUGUUAAAGUUUGUCAAUGAGCACAUAUUUUAUUCACAUGUAGCUUGUGGUUAUUAAUUGCUUUGAAUCUGAAACACAACUUUGAAUGUUUGCAUUUAAGUUUUCACAACCAACAUGUAUUAUUCCAGAGUUCACUAUAGAACUAAAAGUGGUAUCUUUGAAUCACCAUAACAACAAUUUGGCUGCAAAGAGCUAUGAUGCUGUGGACCUGCUCCAUUGGUGCAUUACAUCAUCAAACCCAUGGAAAUGGCUAAAAAAUCUUAAAUAAAAAUCAGGUCAACUCCUCCAGUACACUGAAAACAGUUUCACAUUGGGACUUCCAGAAGGCUAAUUAUCUAUAUUUGGCCGAACCAACACAGAAAUGGAGCACAGGAUCCAAAAUCCAUUUUCCAUAAACAUCCAAGGCCACAAUCCUCCAGAAACCAUGUGAGCUAUUUAAUCAGAUUUUUUCUUCACAUGGCAUUAUUUUCUCACUAAAUAAUUAGACUGGAAGUACAAGUUAAAUUUGUAAUACAUUCUUUCAGUGUGAGGUUGAGCGGAAGUUGGAAGUGUAUUCUGAGCUGAGCUCAGCACUAUGUUUCUGCUACGGAAAAUAAGAUUUUAUUUUCAUCAUGAUUAAAAUUCGAAUAAUGCAAAAAAUUCUGCACAGCACACUACUUUUGAGAUGAAUUAAUGGAAUUAUUCACUGGUGACAAUGAACCUAAAAAAGACAGUGUAGUUAAAACUGUUUAGAGACCUAGUGGUGGUCAUUUAUAUAAAACAUUGUUGGCAACACACAAUGGUCAUUGGAAUAGCUUUCCAGUAUUUCAACAAACAGGAUAAAAACACACAGGAUAAAUUUAAAUGAAAACAGAUUUAAAACAACAAAUAUUCAAUUCCAUUUAUUUCAGAAAUACUUUAAUUUCCCUUUGGGAUUAAUAAAUGUUGUUAUAACUCAUUAAUUUUGAUUCUUCCAAGAGUUAUUGAAGGUAGUGAUGGAUGUUGGCAGGAAAGAUCUUCUGCAGCAGUCUGUACUGCACUAAUCUGAAGAAGCCUCUGACUGAAGCUGCUCUGCCUUGCCAAGACAGUAUCAUGAAAAGGAUGGUCAGAGUUAUUCAUAAUUUUCUUGAUCCUGUGAAGAAUCCUUCUUUGCAUAAUAAUCUUCAGAGGUUUCACCCCAGAACAGAACCAGGUUUCUUUAUCAGGCUCUUGAGCCUUUUUAGGUCCCUGGUUCUGAUGCUGCUGCCCCAACAGUUGAUGGGAGAAGAAAUUAUGCUCUCAACAACAGACUUGUAGAAGAUCUGCAGCAUCGUGCUGCAAAUCUUGAAGGGUGUUGGCGUCCUCAAGAUGUCCAGUCUACUGUCUCUUCGUAUAGACGGCUGUUGCAUCUCCAGUCCAGUCUGUUGUCCAGGUGAUCACUGAGGUAUUUAUAUUCCUUUACCUCCACUUCUUCUUCCAUGAUGGAAAUAGAAUCUAACUCGAUCUUGUUCCUCAUGAAAUCAACAAUCAUCUCCUUUGUUUUGUUUAAGAUGAGAUGAUUGUUCCCACACCAUGCCACAAAGCGGUCCAGCACAUCUCUGUACUCAGCUUCUUGUCCAUCUCUGAUACUCCCAACAACCUCAGUCAUCUCAGUAUUUCUGUAGAUGACAAAAGUCAGACUUGUGCUGGAAGGUUGAAGUGUACAGAAUUAAAAAUGUGGUUAGCAGGCUGGACAGUGGAGUAGUUGGUAGCACUGUUACCUUGCACCAAAAAGGUCCUGGGUUCAAAUCCCAGCCUGGUGUCUUUUGCAUAAUCUGCCUGUUCAUUUGUAAGUUCUCUACGGUUUCCUCCCACUCUGAAAAAACAUGACUGUUGAAUUGUGAGUGUGUGGGGGUGUGUGUGUGUGUGUGUGUGUGUGUGUGUAUGGUUGUCUUGUGUGUUUCUGUGUUUUCCUGCAACGGACAGGUGACUUGUUCAGGGUGGACUCGCCUGUCGCUAAGCAAUGGAUGGAUGGAAUAUGGUCAACAUCAACCUGACAUUGUUUAAAAAUGUUUGCAAACGUAACAUCAGAUAGAACAUUUACAUAAUAUAAUGGAGUAUGUGACCCUUAAGUAUAAAGGUUGAAGCUGUUUUUAAAAUAACCUGGAAUUUAAAGAGAAAAAAAGGCCAACCCCACUAGACACUGUUGAGACACUGAAUGUUUCUCACAUACAGUAUUUUGUGACGGAACAAGCUGGACCUGCAGUCACUGAUCUCUACCGAAGUUAAAGAAGUGAAAUACUGGUUUUAAUAGUGCCUUAUGCUGUCAGUAUUGUGGAGAUAUAUACAUUGGCAUUGUGCAUGUGAGUUUGAGUUUUGCAAAAUGUGACUAGUGCACAAAUACUUUUUUUUUUUUUUUUUACAUAUUUCAGUAACAAUGACUGGUCAUUGGCAAUGGAAACACCAAAGGUACCUUGUUAAGUUUUACAGUUUUCUGAAUAAAGAUGAAUAUGAUGU